AAUUCAAGACAAAAUUUAUUACAAAUAAAAAUUGUGAAACAACCAAACAAUUAAUUACUUUUUAGAAGUGACUUGGCCUGACCUAAUUUCUGACUCCAAAACAAAUUGCGACAAUUAAAAAGGCUCGCAGCCUCUACAAUUCAAAAUUAAUCGACUUAAUCCCUACCAAUAAUUCAAACGUAAAAUGGCUAAGCUGGUACAGCUCAUUCUGCUCUUAGCCACACUACAAUUUGUGCUGGCUAUACCGACCGACAUUUACUUGAAAAUGUUGGCCGCACAGGCGCCCACCGACCCCUGCUAUGAUGAUGACAAAGCGCGCAAAUGCAUACCGGAUUUUGUGAAUGCAGCCUAUGGCACACCCGUCCUAGCUACAAGUACUUGUGGCUACAAUGAACCGCAACGCUAUUGCGAGCAUACCUCGGUCAGUGGCAGUAGUAAGUCUCAGGAUAUGACAUGUCACACUUGCGACAACGACAAUCCUCAACAACGUUUCCCAGCCAGUGCACUAACUGAUUUAAAUAACUCCAACAAUGUCACUUGCUGGCGCUCGGAACCUAUAACACCAGUUACCAGCAUGAAUGCUCCGCCAGACAAUGUGACACUGUUGCUUACUUUGGGCAAGAAAUAUGAACUCACCUACAUCAGCUUGCAGUUCUGCCCGAAAGCACCUAAGCCCGACUCGAUUGCCAUUUACAAGAGCGCAGAUUUUGGCAAAACUUGGCUGCCAUACCAAUUCUACAGUUCACAAUGCAGACGCGUCUAUGGACGACCAAAUCGCUUAACUAUAACUAAGCACAACGAACAGGAAGCACGCUGCACUGAUGCGCAUCGCCACGCUGGUGAAAUGUCUGGCAUACAAGGGACACGCAUCGCUUUUAGCACUCUUGAAGGUCGCCCAUCGGCACGUGACUUAGACUCAUCGCCUGUGCUGCAAGAUUGGGUUACAGCUACAGACAUAAAAGUGGUAUUCAAUCGCCUGCAAAUGCCUGAGCAGGCUACGAAGCUCACACUAGAACCGAAUGUUGACAUAAAAGCUGGCAAAUACAGUGAAACCGAAAGUAACACGCUGCACAUACACCAAUUGGGCUCGAACGCCCUUGAUCAGCAGAGCAUGUACGGUACUAGUGGUGCCGCAGCUGGUGGCACUUCCGCACUCAUUGCAAGCACUGGGCAACACUAUGCUGUGUCAGAUUUUUCUGUUGGUGGUCGCUGCAAGUGCAAUGGACACGCUUCGAAGUGCAUUCCGGAUCACCAUGGCUUGCUGACUUGUGAUUGUAAGCACAAUACGUCCGGACGCGACUGCGAACGCUGUAAACCUUUUCAUUUCGACCGUCCGUGGGGACGCGCAACGGCACGUGAUCCAAAUGAAUGCAAAAUUUGCAACUGCAAUAAUCACGCUCGCCAAUGUCGCUUCAAUAUGGAACUCUUUAAGAAGUCAGGCCGUGUUUCCGGUGGAGUUUGUCAGAACUGCCGUCACAACACUGCUGGUCGUUAUUGCGAUUACUGCAAGGAAGGAUAUUAUCGUGAUCCCACGAAACCAUUGAAUCAUAGGCGUGUUUGUAAAUCUUGUGAAUGUCAUCCAAUUGGCUCAUCUGGCAAAACUUGCAAUCAUACUUCUGGACAGUGCCCCUGCAAAGAUGGCGUUACCGGGCUCACUUGUAAUCGCUGUGCACGCGGCUACCAACAGAGUCGCUCACACAUAGCACCCUGUAUAAAAGUGCCGCCUCGCAUGUCAAACAUGCUGGACACCCAAAAUACCGAACCCGAACCUAAUCCGUAUGAAGCCAAUGCACCUUAUCGCACUGAUGGCGGGAGGGAAUGCGAAAAAUGCAAAAUAAGCACAAAAAGGUUAAACCUGAACAAAUUUUGCAAAAGGGAUUACGCAAUAAUGGCGAAAGUAAUUGGUCGCGAAGCGAGCACCGAGGUAACAAGCAGCGAACAAUACGAAUACACCAAAGAAAGCCAACAACAGGAACCCGAAAAAGAGACGGUGAAGUUCGAUUUACAAAUACAGACCAUUUUCAAGCGUUCCCCACCCGAGUACGGAACAACGAAUACAAUCCUAAAACGAGGUCCUAUGACCUGGAUCAUACCGACUAAAAAUUUGGAAUGUCGUUGCCCCAAAAUUAAACUUAAUCGUUCAUAUUUAAUUUUGGGCAAAUAUUCAGAAUCUCCGCCCGGUUACUUAGGCAUUGGUUCACGGACAAUUGUUAUAGAAUGGAAGGACGAGUGGGCGAGGCGCGUAAAACGCUUGGAACGCAGAGCGCGAACAUGCCAAUAAAUUCUUUAGUUUAUGUUUAAUUAAUUUGUGCGAAGUCUUUGUGUAAUUUUAAGUAAAAGCUGUGUAAAAAUA